UGUAAAUGCAUCAUAAACAGACAGCCCAGAAUGAAGAAAGCAAGCAGGAGUGUUGGCUCAGUGCCCAAAGUGCCUGGAGUAAAUAAAACUCAAACAACUGAAAAAGCCAAACCAGAAAACGGCUCCUCAGUGUCUGCAGUAACAAAACUCUCCAAAACUGGGACAUCAGCAUCUCUUUUGAAGACUAAGAGUAAUGAUGACCUCUUAGCGGGGAUGGCUGGUGGUGGUGGCGUGACAAUGACCAACGGCGUCAAGGCAAAGAAGAGCACUUGUGUAUCAACAGCAUCUUCAGCUUCAGGGACGACCAUGAACAGUCUGGAAAAUAAACCCAAAACUAUUGCAGGUACAAGUUCCACAACUAAGCGUAGCACUUCAUCUGGAACUAAAGAGUCAAGCUCUUCUAGAGAAAGAAUACGUGAUCGUUCUCGUUUAAGCCAGAGCAAAAAGCUGCCUUUGCCUGGACAGGGGACCAAUGAUACGGUACUGGCAAAACGCUCCCGUAGUCGCACCAAUCCAGAGUCGGAUAUUCGGAUGAGCAAGUCCAAAUCAGACAAUCAGAUCAGUGACAAAGCUGCAUUGGAAGCAAAGGUGAAUGAUCUUUUGACAUUAGCAAAAAGUAAAGAUGUGGAAAUCUUGCAUCUGAGGAAUGAACUAAGGGAUAUGCGUGCUCAGCUGGGACUUAAUGAAGACCAACUUGAAGGUGAUGAAAAAUCUGAAGAAAAAGAGGCCAUUGUUGUCCAUCAGCCAACUGAUGUAGAGUCUACAUUGCUACAGUUACAGGAGCAAAAUACUGCCAUCCGAGAAGAGCUCAACCAGCUGAAGAAUGAGAAUCGAAUGUUAAAAGAUAGACUAAAUGCCUUAGGCUUUUCUUUGGAACAAAGGCUGGACAACUCUGAAAAACUCUUUGGCUAUCAGUCGUUGAGUCCAGAGAUUGCAGCUGGCAACCACAGCGAUGGUGGUGGUACUCUGACAUCUUCGGUGGAAGGUUCUGCUCCUGGAUCAAUGGAAGACUUGUUAAGUCAGGAUGAAAACACGUUGAUGGACAACCAACAUAGUAAUUCCAUGGAUAACUUAGACAGUGAGUGCAGUGAAGUUUAUCAGCCACUGACAUCAAGCGAUGAUGCCUUAGAUGCUCCAUCAUCUUCGGAGUCUGAAGGCGUACCGAGUAUAGAAAGAUCUAGAAAGGGAAGCAGUGGCAAUGCCAGUGAAGUGUCCGUAGCUUGUCUGACAGAACGGAUACAUCAGAUGGAAGAGAAUCAGCACAGUACAGCCGAAGAGCUCCAAGCCACACUUCAAGAGCUUGCAGAUUUGCAGCAAAUAACGCAAGAGCUAAACAGUGAGAAUGAAAGACUUGGAGAGGAAAAAGUCAUCCUUAUGGAAUCUUUGUGCCAGCAAAGUGACAAGCUAGAACACUUCAGUCGUCAGAUCGAGUAUUUUCGGUCCCUUUUAGACGAACACCAUAUUUCCUAUGUAAUUGAUGAAGAUAUGAAAAGCGGUCGCUACAUGGAGCUGGAGCAGCGUUAUAUGGACCUUGCAGAGAACGCUCGGUUUGAGCGAGAGCAGCUCUUGGGUGUUCAGCAGCACUUGAGCAACACUUUGAAGAUGGCAGAACAAGACAACAAGGAGGCCCAGGAAAUGAUAGGGGCAUUAAAAGAACGAAACCACCACAUGGAACGGAUUAUUGAGUCAGAGCAGAAAAGCAAAACAGCAAUAGCAUCUACCUUAGAGGAGUAUAAAGCCACAGUAGCCAGUGACCAGAUCGAGAUGAACAGGCUGAAAGCUCAGCUAGAGCAUGAAAAGCAGAAAGUGGCUGAGUUGUAUUCUAUACACAAUUCUGGAGAUAAAUCAGAUAUACAAGAUUUGCUGGAGAGUGUCAGGUUGGAUAAAGAAAAAGCAGAGACGUUGGCCAGUAGUCUGCAAGAAGAGCUGGCACACACUCGCAACGAUGCCAAUCGAUUGCAAGAUGCCAUUGCUAAGGUUGAAGAUGAAUACAGAGUGUUUCAAGAAGAAGUCAAGAAACAAAUUGAGGAUCUCAAUGUGACUCUAGAAAAACUUCGGACAGAACUAGAUGAAAAAGAGACUGAGAGAAGUGACAUGAAAGAAACUAUCUUUGAGUUGGAGGAUGAAGUAGAGCAGCACCGUGCUGUGAAGCUUCAUGACAAUCUCAUCAUAUCUGAUUUGGAGAAUACAGUUAAAAAACUUCAGGACCAAAAGCAUGACAUGGAAAGAGAGAUAAAGAAUCUUCACAGGAGACUCCGGGAGGAGUCAGCAGAAUGGCGUCAGUUCCAGGCUGAUCUACAGACUGCAGUGGUUAUAGCAAAUGAUAUAAAGUCUGAGGCCCAGGAAGAGAUUGGAGACCUGAAGCGUAGAUUACACGAAGCUCAGGAGAAAAAUGAGAAGCUCACUAAAGAGUUGGAGGAAAUAAAGUCACGCAAGCAGGAAGAGGAACGUGGUCGAGUAUACAAUUACAUGAAUGCUGUAGAGAGAGAUUUGGCAGCUCUGAGACAAGGAAUGGGCCUGAGUCGCAGAUCAUCCACGUCCUCAGAGCCAACUCCUACUGUAAAAACACUCAUCAAGUCAUUUGACAGUGCCUCCCAAGUUCCAAGCCCUGCUGCUGCCACAAUUCCUCGCACUCCCCUGAGCCCAAGUCCCAUGAAAACUCCCCCGGCUGCUGCUGUAUCCCCAAUGCAGAGGCAUUCUAUAAGUGGACCAAUCUCAGCUUCGAAACCCCUGGCUACGCUGACAGACAAAAGACCAAGCUACGCUGAAAUCCCUGUUCAAGAACAUUUGCUGAGAACAUCCUCUACCAGCAGGCCAGCGUCUCUGCCAAGAGUACCCGCUAUGGAAAGUGCCAAAUCUAUUUCUG